AACACGUACGCUUCUAUUGCAGCCACCCUCGCGCAAGCGUUUCGCGCGUUAGCGCGCAGGUCAGCGCGUGCAUGCCGGCAGGCAAAGGUGAAAAGGAAACCACUAAUCGCGAAUCUUAAAAGCAAUAGCAAACAUUUAAUAGCACCCAAGGCCGCAGUGCAGCUGCAAAAUGAAUAGGAGCUGCAGACCGCAGAGCUGUCGCAGCAAAGCAGCUAUAGAAUGCAGCUUAUGAUAUAACAUGAUAAAUUGCUUUAUCGGACAGUAGGAGUCGCGGUUCCAGGGACUGGCUCUGCGCGUUGAGCGGCGUUCUCGGAGCCCUGGCUCUGUCCUGCCAUGAUGCGGCCAGAGGAGCAAUUUCAUGACUACACACUCGCCUCGCAGCUUGAGAGGUUCGUGGCCGCCAUCGAGCAGACGCUGGUGACGUGGCAGCGCACCGGCCUGCCCGACAUCAUCACUCGCGGCUACCGGGCUCGCAUCCGCGAGCAGCCCAGUCAGGUCAAGGUGGUGGCCAGCCUGAAACACAGGCUGCCCUGGCGCCGUGAGCCCUACAUCCUGCAGCUGCACCUGCCCACAGCCCUGGUGCUGGGCAGCGGCGGUGUGUCGCCCUACCAGGUGGCCCCGCCGCGGGCCGCACUGCCACCCGCGGCAACGCCGUCGCAGCCAUCGACCGUCACUGCCAGCGCCACGGGAACGGCCGCUGCCUCUCCAGCUGCUGCUCCUGGUGCUGCUGCUGCUGCUGCUGCUGCUGCUGCUGCUGCUGCUGCUGCUGCUGCUGCUGCUGCUGCUGCUGCUGCUGCUGGCGCCUCCACUGGCGCGCCACAGGCGACGGCCCGGGCCAGCAUCGUACAGCCGGGUGGGCUGGAGGGGCCGGAAGGGCUGGAAGGGCCGGAAGGGCCGGAAGGGUUGAGAGGACAUGCGGGAGGGGGGUCACAGAUCACUGGUGACACUUCUGGGGUCGCGGCCGCGGUGGUUGCGGCGGUCACGCCGCCCAAGGCCAGGCCGGCGGUGGCGGCAGGGGCACGCAGCAGCGGUGCACAGCCGUCACAGCAAGCAGCGGGUGAGGCCGCCGCCGCCGCCGCCGCUGCAGGCUCAGAAUCCGGGCGAGGCGAUGGUGGCGGUGGCGGUGGCGGCGGCAGUGGCGGCGGCGGUGCAGGCGUCGGUUCCGCGAUGGCGGCGGCGGCGGCACCGCCGGAGGAGGUGGAUCCAGAUGAGGGCUGGGAGGUGGGCGUGGAUCUCGACAUGAGCGACCUGCUGUCGCGGAUCGACACCAUCGUGGACAGGGACCUGGAUCUGGAUCCAGAUUCUGGAGCGGACUCCGGAGUAGAAUCCAGAUCUGCAGAGGCGGAGCCGGCUGGGACGGCGGCGGCGGCGGCGCCGGAGCGUCAGCCGCGGGCGAAGCCCGGGGCACGUUUGGAGCAGGGCGGGCGCGGGGAGCGGGGUGAGCGGGGGGACGGCGGCGGCGGCGGCGUGCGUGCGGUGCAGGCGCGGGGGUCUGAGCGGGACGUCAGCGAGAGCGUGGGCCUGAGGAGGCGGAGCGGCGGCGGCGGCGGCGGCUCAGGGGCAGGAGCUGGAGCUGGGACCUCAGGGGUUGAGUCAAGGGGUGAGAGGAGCAGCAGUGCUGCGGGGGUGGGGGCGCCAAGCCCUAUUAGCGCCAGUGCCAGCCAGGACGCGGCGGCGUCCGGCCCCACACACCACGCCGCCUCUGGCUCUGGCCCUUCAAGUGCUUCAACACACACCGCCGCCGCUGCCGCGACGGCUCCUCAGCUGCAGCUGCAGCAGCUUCUGCAUCUCGCCGCGGUCAGUCCCAACGGCGGCAGUAGCAGCUUCAGCUUCAGCGGCAGCAGCAGCGGCGCCGGCGGCAGUAGCAGCGGCGCCGGCGGCAGUAGCAGCCUGCCCUGGUGGCUGCCCACCUUCCAGCACCGGCUGCAGCGGUGGUUCGGGCUGGGAGCCUUCCUGCUGUUGCACCCCGCCAGCUACAGCCGCAGGAUACUGGACGAGGCGGAGGCGGGCACUCUGCUGGGCGCCGCGGCUGUAGCACUGCGCGCGCCCGCCUCCGCCUCCGAGGCGGGCCGCAGCGCGGGGCUGCUGGGCUGCCCGCUGCUACUGCCGGUGCACGACGGGCUGCGGGACGCGUACUGGGGCGUGGCGGUGCUGCCGCCGGCGCCCGUGCAGCCGCCGCCGUCGGCGCUGGAAGGAGAGGGAGGAGGAGGAGCAGGAGGAGGAGGGGCAGCAGGAGGAGGGGGAGGGGGAGGAGUGGCGCCGCCGGGUGGAUGGGGGUGGCCGGGCGGGACGCUGCACCUGCGGACUGACAGCGUCCACAUCAGCAGCCCACCCCGGGCCCUGACGCAGCUGCCCUCGCAGCUGGCCGCAUUCGCCGAGCAGCUACUGCCCUUCAGCCCCACAGCGGCUGUAGCGUGCCGCGCCGCGGCGGCGGCGCUGGAGGCGCCCGAUGCAGCCGACGGGUUCCAGCCCCAACCCCCAACCCAGAAACCCCCGCGCGUGUCUCUCAGCUGGUCGGCCUGCUUCUGCUACCGUCUACCCGGCAGGCGACCCGGGCACCGACUGGCGGCACAGGUGGCGAGAUGGGCGGCGGCGGCGGACGCAGCGGAGGCGGCGGAGGCGAACGCGGCGGCGGCGCAAGCCGUUGCGGGGAGGGAACAACAGCAAUCGCAGCAGCAGUCACAGCAGCAGCAGCCACCAGGGGUGGUGUUGGACGCCUGGCGGCACAUGUCGGCGCCGGCGGGUGCGGCGCGAGCUGAGGCGGAGGUGGCGGGCAGCGGCUCGGGCGGUCAAGACGCCUCCGGACCUACCGCCGCCGGCCUAGGCGGUUGCGACGCCGCCGCUGGCGAGGACGGUGUGGUGGUGGUCCCGACGGAGGAGGAGGAGGAGGAGGCGGCGGGCGGCGGGGGGGCACUGGAGGAGGAGGUGCAAGACGAGGAGGGCGGCUUCUACGGAGCGGGGGCGGCGGGGGGAGGGCCAGGCGGGGGGAGAGGAGGAGGAGGAGGAGGAGGAGGCGGAGGCGAGGGCGAUGCGUGGGAUGUGGGCGCGCCGUGGCACCCGUGGGCUGUGCAGGUGGACCCCGUGGCGUGCCUCGAGCUGGAUGUGGCCUGGGACCACCUGCCCGUGCCCCUCACCCCCGGCCCCACCCCCGGACCCCGCCUGCUGCUACAGCCUACUCCGCUACAGCCGUCUGCGGCCUCAGCUGCUACAGCCAGCGGGCAAGGCGGCAGUUGCGGCAGUAGCGGCGGGGGCGGCGGCGGCUGCCGGUGGCUGCUGCACGCGCUGCAGGGCGGCACGGGCGGCUAUGGCGGGCCGGGGCGUGGCGGGGGGCUGGGCGGGUUGGUGGGGCUGCGGCCGAGGGACACAGCUCGGCGACACGUGGAGUUGCAGCGAGCAGGCGCGGACUGGUUGUGGAGCGCCCUCGCGGCGGAGUCCUGGCGCCGCCGCGGGGGCCAGCCGCCGCCCACAGUGACACCCGUGUCAGCGGCAAGCCAGGUGGGCCCCGGCUCCUUCACGGUGAUGCUGUCCACGCUGCUGACCGGCCGCAGCCUGGCGGCGGCGGCGGCCGACGUGUCCGAGCUGGCGGCACCCGAGUGGUGGGAGGCGCGCGGCUGGCCGCUGCCGCCACUGCCGCCGCCCUACGUGAUGCAGGACGUGCUGCAAGACCUGUUCAACCACUCGGCGCCGCCGCCACCGCCCGACGAGGGCUCGGCCGCGCCCUCCCGGGCUGCCCCUGCCUCCUCCGCCUCCUCCACCGCCCCCUCCUCCGCCGCCGCCGCCUCCUCCUCCGCCCCCUCCUCCACCGCCGCCUCCGCCCCCUCCUACGACCGCACGGCUCCGCUGCAGGCGCUGCUGAGCCGCCUGGCGCUGCAUGCGCUGCUGUUUGGAAACGCGCGGGCCGUGGCGUGGCUGUGGCAGAGGUUCGUGCGGGAGUUGCGGUUCGGUUGUUGGGAGGUGGACCGCCAACUGCCGCGCAUGCCGCGACCAACCGCCGCCUCAUCAACCGCCGCCCCAACCGCCGCCGCCGCCGUUGCAACUAACACUACGGCGGCGGCGCAGCGGCCGGGCUGGUCUCGAGGCGUGCCGCAGGCCAACCAAUUCAGGCUUUCCGGGGCAGGCACUGUCACUGCUGCUGCCGGUGCUACUGCUGCUGCCGGUGCUACUGCUGCCUGCGAGUCUGAGUCAGGCAGCUCCGACGCGUCCUCCUGCUGCGACACAGACGGCGAGGGCGCCGGCGGCGGCAGUAGCAGCAGUGGCCAGCACGGCAGUAGCAACGGUCAGCAUGGCAGCGGCGGCAGUAGCAGUAGCGCCCGCAGCCUCCGGGCGGUGGAGCGGGUGCUGCUGCGGGCGCGGCAGGAUGAGGGCUGGGGGCAGGAGCCGCCGGCACCGGCACUGCGCCACUCGCUGUUGCAUCAGAAGUUGCAGGUCUUGGACAUUUGUAUCCACCGGCGCAAGGCCCUCGCUCGUCAGCGACACCUGGCGGCGGCGGUUGAGCGCCAGCGGCGGCAGCAGCAGCAGCAACGCCACCUGGCGGCGCUGGCGGCGCUGGCCGGCGCUACUGCCGGUGCUACUGCCGGCAAGGGUGGUGGCGGCGGCGGUAAUGGCAGUAGCGGCAGCCGAAGGGCGGUCGGAAACGGCGUGGCAGCGGGAGGAGGGGAGGGGCAGGGGGAGGAGGCGGCGGGGGACGAUGAUGCGGGGUGGUGGGACGAGCUGUCUGACAACUGGUCUGACGUGGCGACGCCGGCCAGGGCGCCAAGAGGGGGCGGCGGCUGGUCGGCCUCCGCCACGCCCGCAGCAGCACCAGCAGCAGCAGCAAACGGUGGUGGUGGUGGGGUGGAGCGUGCUGCUUCCGGCGAGGCAGCAGCAGUAGCAGUAGCUGCAGGAACUGCAGCAGCAGCAACAGCAGCAACAGCAGUAGCACCGGGCGGGGACAACGACGGUGAAGAGGAGGGGGAGGCGGAGGGGGAGGGGGAGGGGGGAUACGCCAUCCGCACACGCACACGCAAGGCCCGCCGACCCGCCCUGGCAGGGCCCGCCUCCCCCACCCGCCACACCCCCGCCACCGCCGCGGCUGUCGCAGCAGGCGAUUUUGCCGCGGUCACGCCACCCGGCGGCGCCGCCGCCGGCGUUCCAGCCGCCGCUGCUGCUGCUACAGCCGCUGCUGCUGCUGCCGGCGCCGUCAGCGGCGCCGCCGUGGAAUUGAGCGAGGUGGAUGGGGUCCGAGCGCUGCGUUUCGACUCACCUCCAACGGCUGCAACAGCCGGCGGCGGCGGCUCGGCCGGGGGUGCUACAGCCGGCGCGGCGACGGCGACGGCUCCGCCGCCGCUGGCGCCGGUUCGGGCGAUGGGCUCGCAGCAGUUGCCGCUAGCUACAGCCGCCAGUGGCGCCGACACGGAAGCCUACUUUAGUGCGUCUGGCGAUGAAGAGGCAGCGGGGGGCGAGGAGGCUGCGGCAGGAGCAGUAGCAGGGGCAGGAGCAGUAGCAGGGGCAAGUGAGGGUGAGGGCGAGCCAGGCGCACCAGAGCUGCCACUGCCACCGCGGUUGCCACCGCCGCCAGCUGCGUACAAGCAGCAGCAGCUACUGCCGCCAAAGGCGCCGGUUUCCCACCCUCUAACCAGCGCGCCACGGCCGCCGCAACAGCAGUCGCAACAGCAGCCCCAGCAGCAGCCGCAACACGGGCGGAGUCGGCGCCGGCUGCGGGUGCCGCUGACGCAGCCGGGCCCGGUCCUGAGUGAGGACCGCAUGAGCGAGCGGGCGGCGGCGCUGGAGCGGCUGCUGCUGGCGGGGCACACACAGGGCGGCGAGCUGGCCUGGAAGAUGAACAGCGAGCAACUCACUUCCGACAUGUCCGCAUUCAAGGCUGCAAACCCGGGCGCCUCAUUUGUGGACUUCCUCUCCUGGUACUCGCCCAAGGACGUGGUGGCCGUGGAUCCACGGGAUCCAGAGGAGCCCGUGGAUCCAUCACGCACAGAUCCACUCGCAGAUGCUGGAUCCAGAGGAUCCGGGCUCGGCGGACUUGGAUCUGAAGUUGCUGGUGGCGGAGGCGUGCGCGUGUCUUCCCGCAUGGCGCCCUCCGCAACUGCCGGGCCCCCGGGGCCGGGGCCGGCAGUAGCAGCAGGAGCAGGAGCAGCGGCAGUAGCAGCUAGGGCAGAACCCGCCAACCCCUGGCACCGGCUGUGGCAGGGGGUGCAGCCGUGUCCGGCAUGGCAGCAGAAGCCGCUGCAGGACCCGGGCCUGGAGGGGGAGCGGGUGCUGCACGAGCUGGAGGUACUGCCGCCAGCCCACCUGUACGACUGCCUGCUGGGUACGGCACUGGCGGGCGCCGUACAGCUGCUGGCGGCUUCCGAGGGCGGGCGGCUACCCCCGGUGGCGGCGCUACUGCGGCAGUACGUGCGAAUUUCUGCCCCCGUCAUCCGGCGGGGCUGUAGCCUGGUCAUUAACACCGCGGCAGGCGCGGCGGCGGCGGCGGCCGAGGCGGCGGCGGAGGCGGCGCCAUGCGCAGGAGGAGGUGGCGGCGGCGCGCCUGGCACGCCAGGGGGCAUGUGGGCGGGCGGGCUGGGUCAGCAGUCGGCGCAGGCGCUGGUGGGGUGGGAGGACGCCGAGUUGGAAUACCUGCUGGCGGAGUUCCACUACCUGGAGCAGGCGGUGGUGUUGGGUGAGAGCCUGGUGCGGCGGCUGCCCGGCAACAGCCAGCUGGCGGCGCAGCUGAUGGAGGCCACACUGCAGGGCGUUGCGGGUCUGGAGGAGGGUCGUGUGGUGCGGCGGCCGGCCGUGUGGGUGGACCACCCCACGCGUCGCCACGCCCUGGCGUGUCUGAUGGCAGGCCGCUGCCCGCCCCUCGCACCGCCGCCCCGCCAGCACAGCACGGCUAGUGCUACUGCGGCUGCGGCUGCGACGGGCGGUGGCAGUAGCAGCAGUGGCAAGAGCAGCAAUGGCAGUAGCAGUGAUAUGGUGAUGGAUGACGCUCUGUGGCCGGAGCCGGUCAGUCGGGAGUGGCUGCUGCGGGCGCGGCAGGCGCUGGCAGGGCCGGCGGCGGCUGUAGCACGGCAGCGGCAGCAGCGGCUCUCGGCGGCAGGGGGAGGGUCGGCUGGACAGACGCAGCAGCAGCAGCAGCAGCAGGAGGAGGAGGAGGAGGAGGAGGAGCAGCAGGAGGAGGAGGCAGCAGCAAGGACGUACCAAGGCGCUGCGGCAGGAAAGGCGCGGGCGGCGGCAGUAGCACGGACUCGCAGGAGCAGUGGCGGCGACGGCGGCGGCGCCGGCGCCGGCGGCGAGGGCGCUGGGGAAUUAGGAAUCAGCAGCAGCAAUAGCAAGGGCGGCGGUCGCAGUAACAGUAGCGGCGGCGGCGUGGGGCCCGCUGCUGCUGCUGCUGGGGGAAGGAAGCUCGGUGCGGAGAGGAUUGCUCGCGGGAGCACAGGCGGGGGCGCGGCCGCGGCUGCGGCGCUGGAGGGCGGUGGUGGCGGCGCGCCGACGGCUGGGGCUGUUGCUGCUGCUACUGCCGGGGGUCGUGGCGGUUCUGAGGGCGACAACGCCGUGGAUGGGGGCGGCUGUAGCUGCACCCACCGGUUUUAUGUGCUGGCGGCGGGUGGGGAGAUGCGCGUGGCAACUGCCAUAUGGCACACGCAGCAGUAGCAGCAGUCGCAGCAGUAGCAGCAGUGGCAGUGGCAGUGGAGGCAGCGGCAGCAGUAGCAGUGGCAGCAGGAGGAGUGGUGGUUCCCGCGUCUGAGUAAUGCUGACGGUCCCUCACCGGGUUCGCGAGCAGAGGGAGCAGCAGUAGCAGCGGCAAUAGUAGCAGUAGCAGUAGCAGUAGCAGUAGCAGUAGUAGCAGUAGCAGUAGUAGCACGUCGACUUUGGCCGCGAAGCGUAUGAUGUCUGCCCCGCCCCAGGGCGCGCGGUAAGGUGUGGUGAGGGAUGCUCUGGGUUGAGGAUGCGGGAUGUCCCUGCAGAGGUGCCCAGAGUGGGGCCCACUUGGGUGCUGUGAUGUGGUGUGGUGUGUGAGUUCAGCAAACGCUGCUGCCUUGAAGGGUGGGGGGCCAUCAGGGGUGUUAUGUCGGUGCAUGAUACUGGGUCCUUCGACUUUCGUUUCCGUGUGACCUCCCCGACUGCAUUGUUUGUUUUCUCUUGAACCCGCCCGCCCGCCCUGUCGCCUGCGGCGUGCUUGUGGGUCGUGUUUGGGUUCAGUUCUGGUUGUGUCGGUUCGACUGUUUGUUGCCUCGCGGGUGCUUCAGCUGCCGUGUCGAGGCAUGGAGCGAGAGACGCCUUACGGCCACUAGGUCAAAGUGAACAGGGGGGUUGGGGGUCUAAUCGCUUGGCGAACUGCGAACUGAACCGGACGGCUUGCGAUUGCAACGGUCAUC